AUGGCAAUCCUCCGAGCUCAUAUCAGCUUUAGAUCCGGCCUCGGGUUUGCUAGCCUCGCGGGAGCAGGCGCGAUUGGCAGAAGUAAUCUCUAUCGACGUCGUAUCGGCGCGUAUCUCGAUGGUUCGGCGCCUCGAGGUGUGCGACGCUGGUGCUCCGAGGUGGGCAAUGCAUGGAGCGGGUGUGCCACCGACGUAAUGCUCAUGAUCAUCCAUCACGAGGGUCCCGCUGCAGGAAUAUCGAAAGAUGAUUUGCUCUUCAGACGAUUUCAUUAUAUUCGAACUCGGAGCACGAUUCGCAUCAUCGCGUACUUCGGCCACUCGUACGCCAUCGCCUCACAUCCCAGAUGUGGGAAGGCUUCGACCAGCUUGCGCGGAAAGUACGGCUCACAAGACUCUCCCGCCCGGCAUCUUCCUCGCGGCUGCGAACUAGCAGUCAAGUUCCCAUCUGAGCGAUUAAACAUCGCCUUGUCGGCAUCUAAAGUUGCGGCGCCACUGAUGUAUACGUACCGCAAGCGGAUGCGACGCCAGAGCUGUGACGACAUCGUGAAAGACAGUCUAGCGAUAUGGAAAUGGCUCGUCCGGGAUGGACGCAGAAGGAGAACCCUGCGUACAACCUUUGGAAAGUCGAACAUUCCGUCACAUGAUCGUGAGAUUAUCUCCUAUAUUGAUUUUUCUCACCAUGGCCAAUGCACGCGAUCGCGGCUCGGACAGUUCCUUCAGCCGCCGACGCUGCACAUUCAAGCUGUGCUCCAAAGCCCGAUACACCCUAGAAACAUGGCCCGUCCCAUCGACAUUCCCGAGAUUCUCGAGUAUAUCAUCUACAUCGCUGCACCGCGGCCUAUCAUCACGCAGGACGGGCCCAAUUCGAUAGCUACCCAAAUACGAGCCCGUGACCUAUCCGAAUUCACUCUCGUCUCACGCUUCUGGAACUGUGUGGCUACACCCAUCCUAUGGGAAUUCCUUCCGCAUCAGCUACCUUUGUUGAAGCUCUUGCCGUCCGACGCGUGGACCAUAUCGUCACCCGAACACAAGCCAAGCUUCCCUCCCUCGAUCCCCAGCGGUGUCAGAUCGGUUGUCGCAAGGGUGAUGGAUUUCAACCGCUCUUUAUCUUCUGUACCGAAGUCCUUCCGCUUAACUCGCACACUACAACAGAGCGAUUGGGAGGCAGUUCGCCGGCUGUCCAAGCACGUCAAAGUGCUAUGGUACAGUUGCCACGGCUGUGCGGCUGGGGCUCUGUCUGCUAUGGCUGCCUCUCCCCCCAAGUCCGUCUUGUUGCCCAGGCUAGAGCGGCUUCUUCUGGUGACGAAUUAUCGAAGCGACCAUUCCUUCAUCCCUCUGCUGAUGUCGCCGACCGUCUGGGAACUACAGCUUCUAAGUGACAGCGGAGACACGUUCGACCUCAGGGAGAUCGCGAGCCGUUGCCCCAAUGUGACACAUUUGCGCCUCUCCUCCUGCUCAGGCCCACGGUCCAGCACGACUGAGGAGGCAAUCACCCUUGCGGGGGGACUUGCUGGCUUUACCAAGCUUACACACCUGUCCCUUAGCACCGCCGUUGAUGGCGUGGGCUCCCUGCUGUGGGCACUGGACAAGCUGCGCUCACUCACGCAUCUGCGCCUCAUUGACACGGCCAGCGCGCUAUCUCGAGCUGAAAGUGCAGAGGCACUGAUGCCAACAUGCCGCCAUGUACCUGCCCAUCCGAUGUUUCGGCACCUUCGCUCUAUUCGAUUCGACACGGAAGUGUGUCCAGCCGCUGCAGAGGCGUUCGUCAAAUCGUGGGGAGGGUCGCGUCCGAUCGAGACGUUCACGAUGCCACUGGGUCGCUAUGACCGCAUGAGCGACAUGUCGUCCUUCAUAGCCCUGAUAGCUAGUCAUUGCUCCCCAUCGACGCUCACCCAUCUCGAUGUCAUAACACGAUCAUUCGCCAACUACUACCACCCUCCGGUCAUGCCUUUCGACGCCAUCCUCCCACUAUCGCUACAUCGCGCUCUGCGUGUCGUACGCGUUGGCGCGAGCCAGGGAGCCCUCGAUUUCGUCGACUCCGACUAUGAGGAGCUCGCGCAGUGGUGGCCGCAUUUGACUGAACUUUACAUUCCCAACGUGAUGGGCAGAUCGUGCACGCUGCGCUCGCUCGUCGCAUUCGCCACACACUGCCUGCAGCUGCGGAAGCUCACGCUGAAGCUCGACGCGACGGAAAUCCCACCAGUUUGCGACGGUGCAUCAGGCGAUGCCUGCGCUCUGGCGCAGCUGCAGGUCACGGAUGGGCAGAUGUCGGAUCCUGAGGAAUUAGCAGCAUUCCUCAUCAGGAUUUUUCCGAGGCUUCGAUCUACCCGCUAUCGCGCGGAAGACGAGGAGGAUAGGCUCGCUCAAUUCACCGUCAUCAGCUACGGUCUGCUGUGGAAGGAAGUCGAGGCGGCGCUGCCGCGUAGCGCGUCGGCGCUGAAGGAAGCCUGAUCAAGUAAGGCGGCAGGUGAUAACCCAAGGGAGUACAAAAUUAUCUGACUGCCGCGCGCCGAUGUUGAAGCAUAGCAUCUGCGUAUCUACUACCACGGUGUCUUUGUAUGCAUCCUCUUUUCGAACCCCUGGAGUGGCCAU